CAACUUGGCAACAAGAAGGGAAAAAUUUACGAGGUGAGGACAAAAAAAUUCGGGUAAAUCUGGAAUAUGUUUCGGCUAAUCCGACUGGUUAUCUCCAUUUGGCUCAUCUACGGCAAGCCAUUAUCGGCAGUACUCUGGCUAAUGUUUAUCAGUUUCUUGGUUAUGAG